CCAAUGUGGAAACCACAUUUCACACCAGAACCACAGGACAUCCUAUUCGAAUGAACUGAUGCUACAAAUCCGAAUACGCAGUGUUUCUUCCAUAACGCGUAAAGGUUAAUAAAGAUGCAUCACAGAUUAUAAUUUCCAUUGACUCCCUCAUCCAUUGAAAUGCAUGGUUACCACAUAUUGGAUCUGUUUCUGGUGGUUUCCUGGUGAAUCUUCUCACUGUUGUCACACAGUUUGAAAUGGCUGUGUGUGUGGUUACCGUGGAAGGCGAUUGAAGAAGGCGGAGGGAGUGUAAGAAAGAAGGUGAGAUAUUGGGAGAGAGACCGAAGUGGAUUCUGGGAUUAUGGAGAUCUCACAGGACUCCCCUUUGGAAUGCCAGAUAUGCUUCAACCGCUACAGCCCUCGACACCGGCCGAAGGUGCUGGACUGUCGGCACACCUGCUGCUCCAUGUGCCUGACCCAGAUGUGGGCCGGGCAGCCAGAGGUGCGGUGUCCCUGGUGCCGUGCCGUCACCAGACUGCCGGCCGGCCAGCCCGUGUCCCACCUCCCAGACGACCCAGACGCCAUCGCGUUCAUCGCCGUCCGGCGCGCCGAGCACAUGCCAGUCUUCAUCCGGCUGCCUAGUAACGGUUGCUACACGCUGCCCCUGAUGGGCGGGGACGAGCAGGGAGGACCUGACGGGGGGAGCGAGCGUCAGAAGGCCGUGGCUGUGGUCGCGCUGCCCCUGGGGGAGAGGGAGCGGGAGAGAGGGAGGCACGGUGCCUCCCUGUCCGGAGUCUGCACUGUGCUCCUGGUGGCCUUCAUCCUUCUUUUCCUCCUCAUCAUUAUCCUUCACAACAUGUCCUGUGUCUCGAAGCGUUUCACAGUCAUUUCCUGCGGCUGAGGUUUAGGCAGAGCCAUGGAACCUUCCAGACACAGGAACGGCUGGGAUUGGGAUGGAGUGGUGGUUGUAGCAUGGCCCACUGCUGAGAACGUGACAGUGGGUGGGCUGAACAGGCUUUAAUACUGACAGUACCCCCCCCACCCCCAGGUACCAAGGGCUGAUCACUGCUCAGAUCUAGAGACUUGUUGUGCUGAAGGGGUCCAACUUUGGAGUCCAAUGUCUCUGCUUAAUGCUGAUCUCAAUGGAAAUAAUCUUUCACUGUUGUCGGCUAGUUGCAACCAGCAAUUUUGUUUUUAUAAAGGUUGUUUCUACUUAUGCUUUUAUAAUUUUCGAAUGUUGUGGUAUUUAGGGACAUUUUAAAGCAAAUUGCAUAUUUCAUCAGAAACAUUAUGUACAGUUAUAAUUGUAUUUGUAUGUUUUUGUAUUGUAGUCAACAUUUCUGAAGUUGUACUGCUAAUUUGUUUCAUUCAUAUGAAGGGUGUCUUGCCCCUUUAUUCCUGCCUGAUGCUGAGAUUAAGCAAUAUUCAUGACUGGGCAAUCCAAUCUUUAUCUGAGGAAUUGUGACCCAGUGAAAAGGCAGCAAAACCUCUUAGUGCAUGGUAAAUGUGUCAAAUAUUUUCUUGAAUGUUUCUUUUUUUUAAAUGCUCAUUUAAAUGUUCUGCAUGUUAUCAGUAUCAUAGUUUAUAAAUAUGAAAGAAAAAAAAGCAUAAUGUUAAUAAUAGUAAUACUGUUUCUAUGUUCUUUAGGGGAAGACCCUCAGCAUUAAUGUUUUUUCAAUUGACCAAAAGUAAUUGCACAGUUGGCAUCUCAGCUAUUUCUGGGUAUUCAGGUUCAUUUAAUCGCUUCCUUAGUGCAGAUAUAAGAAAGUAUUCAGUGUCUCAUCCUGAGUCUAGAAUUUUGAUUGCCAUUGGAGUCUGUUAUUGCCUGUUGUCAACAUGAGGAACAAAGUUGUGCCAGUGACAGCCAAGGAAGCCAUUAUGAACACUCUUCUUUUUUUUUUUGUGCAGUUUUUUUUGACCUGGAAACGUUUCUCUUGCCAUCACUCUGAUACAAGCCAAUUACUUCUUAGCAAGCUGUAUCCUGUCCAACUUGUUUUUGGAGCCUUUUACUGGUUUGCAUCUUGCAGUGUAGUCUCUGGAUUUGUGUGUGUGAAGUCUUUUUGCAGACAGUUAUAACUGACAAAACCACACCUGCCUGCUGUUUCUGAUCUGUUACAUUUUUCAUGGUUUUUCUUCAUUAUGGUGAGAAUUCUUCUUUGAAUGUCUUCUUUGGUGUAUCAACCCCUUUGCAAUUACUGAGCUCUUCAGUGGUCUUUCUUGUUAAGGAUGACCCAAAUGGUUUUAUUUUGGUAAGCCUAUUGUUUGGCCUAUGUCUCUCUCUAACUGAGUUUUACAGAACUUCGGUCCUCAUGUUGACGAAUGGCAAUAACCUCAGAAUCAAGAACCAGUACUAAAAGAUUUCAUGUGCCUGCACUAAGGAAGCAAUUGGAUACACCCGUCUCAUCAGAAACCAACAAGAAGCCGACUGUCCAAUUUUUGGUCCCCUGAAAUGGGGGACUGUAUAAAAAGGGAUGUAGUUCCUAUACAUAUCACCCAAUAUGGUUGUAAAUGCCCUCAAAUGAAUGGUGGCAGUCUUUAACCUCAUAUUAAAUGUUUCAUAUAAAAUCCAAUAUGUUGGAGUACAGAGCCAAAAGUACAGAAGCUGUAACCACUGACCUCACUGUAUGUUGCAAAAGCAAAUGCUGAACAUACUACCUGAAGCUAUAGCAAUACCAUGAAUAAUGAUAAACCACAAUUCUACACCACAUGACACCUACAGCCAAAGACAAAAUAUUUUUUACGGUGCUCAUGAACAGUGCUUAUGAUAUCUCCCUCCUGGGUCAAGUUGGAGCCAUAUUAUGAGGUUAGCAGCUUCUGUGAGUUUCUGAGGUGAGCGCUUAUUGCAGUCAUGCCUGCAGUCAGGGACCCAUGGGGAUAUUUAUUCUGAUGGAUUCAAUGGGGGAAUAGUCUGGAAGGAAUGAGUCAGAUCAAUCAUAUCUUAAAUGGUUAGAGCAUCCCUUUUGGUGAAGGUCACUGUUCUCCUGUGAGACUUUGCAGGUGUGUGUUUCAAGUUUGCCUACUAGCCUGGUUUAAUAAAUAAAUAACCAUCAUUACA